AGGUCCCAGGGCCCUUAGUGGCUGGGCGGGAUCUGAACUCAGAGUCCCCCUCACUCCACUUGCGGGGCUGCGCCCUCUUUUCCUGAAGAAUAAGGUUUCAGAGAGAGCGGGAGCCCUCCGACAAGCGCUAGGGGUCACAGAUCUGACACCCUUUCCAGGCCGGCGAGCUUCAGGCUCCGGGAGUCGGCCGGGACGCCCGCAAACUCUCAGGAAAGAAGGCGUCCCGGCACGGUGCCGAAGGCUCCCCUUCGGGCGGCGCAGACGUGCUCUACCCGACGGAGGGCGGCCGAUCUCCGCUGGGGAGCAUAUAGCGGUUAAGCGGCCCGGCCGGGCCCGGGCUCUGCCGGCGUCGGGGGUCGCCCGGACAGAGCCGCCCUACAGGAAGGAGAACGCGCCCCGCUCCGCGUUUCUCCGCCCCCGCCGGCCAGCCCCCUCUGGUCCCUCCUCCCGGCCUCGCCCCGCCCUUUUCGGCGCCCCGCACUCGGGACUCGGGGCUACGGGCCCGUGGCGGGGAGGGAGCUGCGCGCCGCGGGCGGGUUCCGAGGUCCCGGCGGGCCGCGGCCGGGCAGGAGGACGCCGUGUGUCAGCACUCCGGCGAGGCCGUGGAUGAGGGCCCCGCCGCCCCCCGCCCCCGCGCCCAUGUCCACGGAAUGGUUCCGGCGCCGCUUCCUGCACCGGGCGCCCUCCGGGGCCGCGGGAUGGAGAGCCGGCCUCGAGGACGCCGUCGGGAGCCCGGAGCCCCCGGCCAGCCCGCUCCCCUACCGGCGGCCCAAGUUCCUGCGCGUGGUGGCGCCGGCCCCCCGGCCCCACCCGUACCCAGACCCCCAGAGCCGGCCCCGGCCGGUGUACUCUCCGGCCCCGGACCGGCCCCUGCCCUGGAACGCGGGCUACGCUGAGGUUAUUAAUGCAGAGAAGUCAGAGUUCAAUGAAGACCAGGCAGCAUGCGGUCAUCUCUCCAUCAAGCACAGGGAAUUAGGGGACAAUGAAGACCAGGAGUGGAUGAUCCUGUGCCAGGAGGAGUACAUCACCGGCUGCUACUGGGCGCUGUUUGAUGGUCAUGGGGGCCCCACCGCGGCAGUCAUGGCCUCCAACGUCUUGCACAGCUGCUUGCGGGCAAAGCUGGAGGACAUAGUGGAGGGCAUCCUGGCCCCCCAGCCUCCUAUGCACCUCAGUGGCUGCCGCAUCUGCCCCAGCGACCCCCUCUUUGUGGAGGAGAAAGGGAUCCAGGCGCAAGAUCUGGUGAUUGGAGCCAUAGAGAAGGCUUUCCAGGAGUGUGAUGCAGUGAUUGGGCAGAAGAUGACAGCCACUGGCCAGGCUGGGGGCUGCACAGCUCUGGCCGUCCUCUACCUGGAGGGGAAGCUCUAUGUUGCCAAUGCUGGGGAUAGCAGGGCCAUACUUGUGCAGAGAAAAGGCCUGAGAGCUCUGAGCUCUGAAUUUACCCCCGAGACAGAGAGACAGCGAAUUCAGCACUUGGCCUUCACUCAUCCCAGACUUUUGGCUAAUGAGUUUACGAGGCUAGAGUUUCCCCGGCGCCUGAGAAGUGAAGACUUGGGACAGAAGGUUCUCUUUCGAGACUAUAAUAUGAAUGGCUGGGGCUACAAACAAGUGGAGAAAUCAGACCUCAAAUACCCACUGGUUCAUGGACAGGGCAAGCAGGCUCGUUUGCUGGGUACUCUGGCUGUGUCUCGAGGACUGGGAGACCAUCACCUGAAGGUCCUGGACUCAGAUAUCCACAUCAAACCCUUUCUUCUCUCCAUUCCCGAGGUCACUGUAAUAGAUCUAGAACAGCAGAAGCCCGAGGAGGAAGAUGUGAUCAUCAUGGCCACUGAUGGCCUCUGGGACGUCCUGGCUAACGAACAAGUAGCCCAGCUAACACAUACCUUCCUCCAGAACAACAGACAUGACCCUAACAGGUUCUCAGAGCUGGCCAAAUUGCUGAUCCACACGACACAGGGCAGAGAGGAGGGCACCUGGCAACAGAGCUCAGCUGGGGAUGUGCUAGUGUCCUAUGAUGAUGUCUCUGUGUUUGUGAUUCCUUUGUACCACAAAAAAACAAAAAAGUAGGGAUUCCUGACGCCUUCUACUACUGGCUAAACCCCUCUAGGGGACAAGCGAAAUGAGGACCUCACCUCUUCUUGAAACCUAGGACAAAGGGUCAACCUAAGGAAAAAUUCAAAAAGAGUGGGCUGCCUCAAGAGUUGAUGAGAACGAUUAGUCUUAAGUCCAGCACAAAUCUAUGCCUCAUUUUGUUACAGCAGGCUCAGAACUAAAUGCAUUAUGAACCACAAUGAUAUAUUUUGGCUCUUGUUCUUGCACAAGCUUUCCCAAGGACCCGGGGACAUCUGUUGACAAUUUAUUCCAUGAAGCAAGUUCAAGAGACUUUUAAGAGACAGUUUACUCUGGAGAAGGAUUCCUGCCAAUCAAAACCCCUACUUAAGGGUUACAGAGGAGGGCUGAAAUACCAAGGACCUUUGACUUUUGAAGGAUGGUUCACUUCCCAUUCUUUGUCUCCUGAAAGUUUCUUCUUUCAUUUGUUCAACCGUACUUGGGGAGAGGAUGGAGAGUUACCUUUUCCUUAAGAAAAUAUCAUGCUUCUGUACAGAAAAAGUAUUAUACAAAACUCCAUGAUACUGGUCAAGAAGUUUCUUUAUGCCUCCAGGAUCUAUUCCCCUGGACCUCUGAUUCAAAAUAUUUUAUACAUGAAUAAAGCUCCAGAAUGGUUUUCUCUA